CUCUUUAUGGGCCCUGAGGAGUUCACCAAGGCCGUUGCGCCCGAGAAUGAAGACUUCGUACGUCUGGAUUUUCCUUUGUGUGUGCGCGUGUGUUUGUUGCGUCUCCUUCUCGCUGUCUCCGGCCCAGGAGGCGUACAAGCCAGAUUCAAUGUCCUUCGAUGGCUCACGCGACCGGUUUUGCUAACUCUAAGGGCCCGCGACUAAGCACAAAAUCAAGCGGGAACAGUAUGGCAUCCUGUUCGGCGUUGCCGACCGAAAAGGCGUUGGCAAGAUCACCCUCUCCGAGUG